UGGCAAAUCAGUUGCGGUUUGGUAACGCGGCACAACACAACGUGCAAGCGGAUUCGCAAGACUUUUGACACUUUGUACUGAAUUCACUCGAAUCGCGUGCGAUUUUUCCAUGUUUUGGACACAAACAAAUAAACAAAAGCAAGAGAAAAAUAUACAGAAAAAAAAUAUCAAAUUUGUUUGCACUUUGCAACUGGACGCGACUGAAUUUCCACUUCGCUGCAUUUUGAAUUGGCAUUCGAGCUAAACAAAAAUUAUUUCGAGUUCAGCGCAUCGCCGGGUUAAAGCUAAAACGCCCGGAUUUGAACUGUUGCCUCGCAUAUCAUUACGCGUGCUGAUUUCUGAAGUGUGUGUGAGUGCGUGCGAGUCGCUGUCGGAGUGUGUGUGUGUGAGUGUGUGUGCAUUUAUGCAUAAUUGAAUAACGAAGGUGAAAAUUGAAAUGUUAACAAAUUGAAUUUACACUCUCCAACCGAAAACCAAAUUGGGAUUGUGAAAGAAACUUCGCAUUCAAGUAAAUUGCUUAACGAGCCAAGUCGCAGCCAAGAGCCGUAGAGACAACUACGUGCUGCCAGUUAAUUUUCUAAUUGGAUUAGAAGUCAUCAACCCGUCAGCGAGUUAGUCAAAUAAUUUCUACAGUGCUGGCCAGCAAAAUGGAUACGUCACUUGGCAAAUAUUAGACCAACCAGUUGAGCCACAAAUUGAAGCCCACUCCCGCACCGCGCAUGAGCAGCUGCGGUAGCAGACAACAGCGCAAGAUGGAGCAGCCCGGCAGCAGUUACUAUACGCAAACGGAAAGCGAAUUGCUGCAGCUGGAGGCUGGAGGUGCAGCGCCCUAUCCACAGCAGCAGCAGCAACAGUUACAACAACAACAUCAACAGCAGCAGCAGCAACAACAACAACAACAACAACAACAGCAACAGCAACAGCUCGCUGCUAGCAGCAUUAGCAUUAGCAACCACUCAACCACUUCGACGGUCAACAAUUUGGAUGCCCCAUCGACGGCUAGCAGCAGCGGGACGCCUUCGCAUUUUGUGUCGCCGUUGCAGCGACGCCACUGCCAGCCGCCCAAUCAUUUGCCACUGAACUCGGUGGUUGCCACGCCGCUGCGCACCGCUAGCUACAAGACGGCCGCAACCGCCAGUGUCUAUCAUCAUAGCCACCAUCAGCAGCUGGACUUUCAGCGCAAUUCACAGUCGGACGACGACAGUGGCUGUGCUCUGGAGGAGUACACCUGGGUGCCGCCGGGUCUGCGACCCGAUCAGGUUCGUUUGUACUUCAGCCAACUGCCGGACGACAAAGUGCCCUACGUCAACAGUCCGGGGGAAAAGUAUCGCGUGAAACAAUUGCUGCACCAGCUGCCGCCCCAAGAUAACGAAGUGCGCUAUUGCCACUCGCUGAGCGACGAGGAGCGCAAGGAGCUGCGAAUAUUUUCGGCGCAGCGCAAGCGGGAAGCACUCGGACGUGGAGCGGUGCGGCUGUUGUCCGAUGAAAGGCCCUGCAAGGGGUGCAAUGAACAGCUCUCCGGCGGUGACAUUGUGGUCUUUGCCCAGCGCUUGGGCGCCCAAGUCUGCUGGCAUCCCGGCUGCUUUGUGUGCAGUGUGUGCAAGGAGCUGCUCAUGGACUUGAUAUACUUCCAUCGUGAUGGCAAUCUCUACUGUGGCCGACAUCAUGCCGAAACACAGAAGCCGCGCUGCUCCGCUUGCGAUGAGAUCAUCUUCUCGGAUGAGUGCACGGAGGCCGAGGGUCGCACCUGGCACAUGAAGCACUUCGCCUGCCAGGAGUGCGAGCACCAGCUGGGCGGCCAGCGUUACAUAAUGCGUGAGGGCAAGCCGUAUUGCUUGGGCUGCUUUGACACCAUGUUCGCCGAGUACUGUGACUACUGCGGCGAGGUCAUUGGUGUGGAUCAGGGCCAGAUGAGCCACGAUGGCCAGCAUUGGCAUGCGACGGAUCAGUGCUUCUCCUGCUGCACGUGCCGUUGCUCGCUGCUGGGUCGUCCGUUUCUGCCGCGCCGUGGCACCAUCUACUGUUCGAUAGCGUGCAGCAAGGGCGAGCCGCCAACGCCUUCGGACACGAGCUCCGGUCCGCAGCUGCGGCCCACGCAUCGCGCCUCCACUUCCAGUCAAAUAGCGCGCUCGCCGCGACGCACUGCCGACUCGGCGGGGCGUGGCAAGACUGGGGUGGGCAAUGGGCAUGGUCAUGGCCAUGGACAUGGACAUGGUGGCAAGAGCACGGGCAGCGCCGGGGACUUGCUGGAGCGGCAGGAGCGCAAGCGUAUGGAGGCAGCGGGCGUGGCCGAUUUGCUGCUGGGUGGCUGUGUGCCUGGCAUGCCGCGACCCGCCCAUCCGCCGCCCAUAGAUCUGACAGAGCUGGGCAUCAGCCUAGACAACAUCUGCUCAGGUGACAAGUCGAUCUUUGGCGACACGCAGCUGACAUCCUCCAUGCCAGACAUGCUGCUGUCCAAGGCCGAGGACUCGCAUAGCUAUCAGAGCAUAGACAAGAUCAAUCUGAACUCGCCCAGCAACUCGGACAUGACGCAGAGCACCCAGGAGCUGGGCAACGAGCUGGAGCUGGACAAUGAGUCAGUGCGUGAGCUGGAGCUGCCGCACGAUGGCUACGAGCAGCUCUUCGCGGCCAAGCAGAACGAGAAGGAGGAGCACGGCCAGCAGCAGUUGGACAAUCGGCCGCCGCUGAAGGAAGUGCGCUUCCACAGCGUGCAAGACACGAUGUCCCGCUCGAAGAGCUACACGGACAACUCGAAUGCGAGACGACGACGCCGGCGGCGCAAUCAAUCGCGCAGCUCCUCGGAGAUGCAGAUCAAUCAAACGAAUCUGCGACUGCACAAUGCCCAAACCCAAGCCGGCAGCGGUGCACUGAAUCUGCUUAACAAUCUGGACAAUUGCGAUGUGGCGAGCAUUUGCUCCACUUGCUCUUCGAGCUCCUCCAGCGACAUGGACGACUAUGUGUACCGUCUGCCCGCACGCAAGCAUUAUGGCGGUGUGCGUGUCGCCUACGUGCCCAACGACGCGCUGGCCUACGAGCGCAAGAAGAAGCUCGCCCAGUCGGGCGACACCAAUGGCCAGCUGGGCAGCUCGGCCGGCAGCUGUCUGGGCGCUCCGUCUGCAACAAUGCCAGCCAUUAUGCACGAGAACAAGAAUUGCACAAUAUCAUGACCACCUCCAAUGCUGCCGCCGCCGCCGCUGAAUUUGAGUAGCUAUUACAUCCUGGACACCAUACUCGAGGAGCAAAGCCUCAGUCUGCUGCCCGAGAAGAAGCCGGGCUGCCUAAGGCGCGUCUGGAACUUCUUCGGGCUGGGUAAGGCGCGUCCGGGCAAUGCACAGCGUCUAUAUAGCGUUUGAAAUCGAGCUUCAAUGGCAAAUUGUGUAAAUAGACAUAUCGAUAAACACUACAUACAUAUAUACAGACAUACACACACAUAUACAAGAAAUAUUGACUAUACCCUAAGGAUUCUGGGCAUUUAAAUUAGCUGUAAUGUGAGCUGGUAAGACAACAAUUUCUAACUUUUCUCUCUCUUCUCUUCUUCUUGUACAUGAUAUUUAUCCAUUUUAUCCGGCUAGCUUUUAUCUUUCCUACUACACUAUCCAGCUCACAAGUAUUCCGAGUAUUUAUAUAUAUAAGAUAUCACUGAUUUUAUCAACAACUUUGUACAAAUCUAAACGGUAUAUCAAGCAUUUACAUAUAGAUAUUAUUAUAUAUACUUUACUGUAUAAGUAUUGAUCAUAGUAUAGAGCUAAGAAUCUGCCAGCCACAAGAAAUAAAAAUGCAACGAACAAUAAAUUAUGAUGUAAAGCAACUGCCAACAAAAGAAUUUGUGUAUAAAACAAUAAGAAAUAGUGAAAAAAGAGCGAAAGUUUUCGCAUAGCAAAUGUGCAAUAACUUAUGAAGAAAAUUCCCCCUCCAAUCUGAGACCCUAAUUUACAUAGUUACAGAUAAACAUAUACAAACAUAUAUAUAUAUACCUUAUAUAUACAUUAAUAUAUACAGUUCUUUAUAUACAGUUUUAUAUCUCUUUAAUUUUGUUGGCAAAAGAUUCUUUUGUUUUUUUUAGAGGUAUAUUUAGGCUUUUAUGUAAUGUUUUGGCUUUCGCCCGUCGGCCUGUGUGAAAGUGAAAGAGUUAUAUAAAAGCGGAAUGUGUCCAGAAUAUUUGAGAAAGUUUUUUUUUAUUUUGGUUUUAUGACACUUGUAAAAAAUAAAAUAAAACAAUAACGUAAAAGGCAUUUGCAAAAUUGAUUAUGUCUAUAAAAUGUGAAAGAAUUUGGAAAGUUAAGCCAGAUAUAGGUGUGGAACGCAUACAUAUGACGAGUCUUAAGUAUUACCAAUUUUGUCUAUAUUUGGAGUUAGAUCUUAAGUCUAUCAUUAGUAUUAAAGUCAGUGUGUAUGGAAACAUAAUCAAAAAUAACAAUAUAAAUAAAUAUACAAUAUGCAUAUGUGUAUUUUAACGUAAACUCAA